AUGGCCUUGGCAACAAUAUCAUCGACCCCUAUUCGAUGUCAUCCUAAGACCUCUCAGUUUUCUUUCAAUAAUAAGAAAAUUAAUCGAUUUCUCCUGGGAUUGCCUGUGAAUAAGAACUGUUUUCUUAAAGCUUCAGCUUCGGACUUUCCAUAUUCUAUUAUCAGGUUUUCUAGAACAUCUCCCCUAGAUGCAAGGGUGAUUUGUGCUGCUUCCUCCGCUGCUGGAAGUUCUAGUUCAGAUAAUGACUUAAGCCCAUAUGAGGUUCUUGGUGUGAACCCCAUCGAGGGAUUUGAUAUGGUCAAGACAACAUAUACACGAAAACGUAAGGAGGCCGAGAAGAGAGGUGAUGAAGCAACUGUUGCCCGUCUGGAAAAGGCAUAUGACAACCUUAUGAUGGCACAACUAACAAAGCGGAAGAAGGGUGUGACAUUUGGUUCAUUUAAGGUAUAA